AUGGCUACGACAAGCAAUGUGACUGAGAUCAUUUUCUUGGGCUUCUCCCAGAACCAGGAUGUGCAGAAGUUCCUUUCUGCGCUGUUUCUCAUCAUGUACCUGGCCAUCGUGCUGGGUAACGGCCUCAUCGUGGUGACCAUCACGACCAGCAAAGGGCUCAGCUCCCCCAUGUAUUUCUUCCUCAGCUCCUUGUCCUUUGUGGAGCUCUGUUACUGUUCUGUCACAGCCCCUAGACUCAUCCUUGACUCUUUUAUGGAGCGGAGAGUCAUCUCCCUCAAGGGCUGCCUCACACAGAUAUUUUUCCUCCACUUCUUUGGUGGCACCGAGAUCCUCCUCCUGACAGGGAUGGCCUAUGACCGCUCCGUGGCCAUCUGCAAGCCCCUGCAUUACACGGUCAUCAUGCCCCGGCGGGUGUGUGGCCUCCUGGUGGGGGCGGCCUGGGGUGGGGGCCUGCUGCACUCUGUGGGACAAACCUCCCUCAUGUUCCAGUUGCCCUUCUGUGGCCCCAAGGUCCUCGACCACUACUUCUGUGACGUCCACCCCAUGCUGAAGCCGGCCUGCGCAGACCCCUUCCGCAUCGGCCUGCUCAUCAUCGCCAGUGGUGGCUCCAUCUCGGUGGUCAGCUUCGCGGGGCUGCUCGCGUCCUACGGGGUCAUCCUGCGCUCCCUGAGGACCCGGUCCUCAGGAGGCCGGCGCAAGGCCCUCUCCACGUGCGCCUCUCACGUCGCAGUCGUGGCCCUGUUCUUCAUCCCCUGUUCCUUUGUCUACAUGAGGCCCUGUGUCACCCUCCCAGCAGACAAGAUAGUGGCCGUGUUUUACACGGUGGCCACGCCUCUCCUAAACCCUGUCAUUUACUCCUUCAGGAACAUGGAAGUGAAAAACGCCAUGAGGAGACUGAUGGGGAGGAAAGCGAUUUGGGCAGAGAAAUAG